CUCUUCGACUCCUCCUCCCUCAUCGGCCAUCGCCAUCUCCAGCGGAGAAGAGAAGCAGCUCAAGGACAGCGCCGCCCGCAAGCCACACCGACCGGCCGGCCGGACCGAAGCAGCAGCAUACACUGAUACACUCACUGCACAAUGGGCAUCUGCAUGUCGUCCGACGCGGCGGACGAGGGCGCGGCGACGGCGAGGGUGGUGCUCCCCAGCGGCGAGCUCCGGGAGUACGCCCCACCGGCCACCGCCGCGACGGCGCUGCAAGCGGCCUCCGGCGGCGACGGCGAGGGGUCGUCGUGGUUCCUCUGCGACGCCGACGGGAUCGCGUUCGAGGGGGGCCCCGUGGCCGUGGCCGCGGUCGCGCCCGGGGAGGAGCUCCAGGCGGGGCAGAUCUACUUCGUGCUCCCCGCCGAGAUGCAGCGCCGCCGCCUCACCCGCGACGAGGUCGCCGCGCUCGCCGUCAGGGCCAGCUCGGCGCUCGUCAAGGCCGCAGCCGCCCAGCCGUCCUCCCCGUGCCGCCGGCGCCGGCGCGGCGCGGUGGCGCCGCUCGUGUUCCCGGUCCCCGAGGAGGAGUACGCGGCGGCGGAACCGGUUUCGCCCGUCGCGGCGAAGUCUGCCGUGGCGGCGGCGCAGAAGCGGAGGGUGGCGUACCGGGGCGGCAGGGCGUCGAGGUUCUCCCCCGACCUGACCGCUAUCCCGGAGACCGAGUAGACCAAGCCUCCACUCCACCCGGCAUAUGUGUCUCUCUGGUGGUGACGAGUCGCUCGCCGGCGCUUGGUCGGACCCCGGCCGCGCGCGCCGGAGAUCGAUGGAGCAGGGAAGUGUUCUAGACGCGACGCAGAGCUCAGAAAUGAGAAAUGUGAGUAGUGUUUUUUUGGCGCCGUUGGUUUACGCGGCAGGCAACAGAGAGUGUACGUUACGUGUAGGUUUUAGAUGCAAGUGUAAAUACACGGAAUCUCCGUACGGUGUGCCCAGUCACAGUUUGGAACUCAAGCUUUUAUUAGUGCUCGUGUUCAGGCUCUGUGUCGUGGAUCAUCAAUCAUCAUGGAAUAAAUCUCUCGUUGUUUGUGAAAAAUGAAA